AUGCCUCGUGAGAAAGGUGGUGUGGUAGACGAUCGGCUCCAAGUCUGGGGUACGAAGGGGCUACCAGUGGUCGACGCGAGUGUGAUUCCCGUUAUCCCCACCGGAAAUACCCAGAGUGCCGUGUAUGUAGUUGCAGAGCGCGCUGCAGACUUGAUCAAAGAGGAUCUUCUCAAGACAUAA